AUGGAACGACGAAGGCAACAAGGAGUGGGCAAUCUGCAGGCUUUAGAAGAAGUCAAAUCCUGUAGGACACCAAACUCUGGCUUUGGUGAAGAUUUGGGCUUCACCAACUUUACCGGACGUCCUAAAAUCGCGCGGAAUCCAAAGGCGCCUUCCAGAGGGGCAAAGGAGACGGAUAGUGCGGGUUUGCGAGUAGAAUCACCCGUUAUGGACGCAGACGCGGAUACGAGCUACGAUCCACUGGAUAUUAUAUCAUUACAAGAAUCCGAGGCAACAUCUUACAAGCAGAAAAAUCGAACAAAUACGGCCCCCAAACUGAAGAACGCGCCCCAGCCCCCACCUUUCGCCAAGCUCAAUUCGACUCAACUGGAGAGCGAAUCAAGCUCGGUGACCAACACUUCCACCAAGACGAAACCGACCCACAAUAAAACUGUCAAAGCAAUAGCAUCCAGCGAUUCUGAUGAAGAGUCGACCUCACGAAUGUCUUCUCGCCCCAAGGCCAAUUCAAAGGAAUCAAACGGAUCGUCAUCAUCCGCAAGAGAGAGUAGAAACAUUAAUCCGAACAAUCGUGGGCCUAAGCCAGCGCCGUUCAAGGGACGGGCUCGACCUCAAGGGCCGACUCCAGAGAAUGAUAUGCCUUCGACUCCGGUCCCGAAGAUGCCUGCGCCACCCCCAUGGAAGGCUGGGGGUACCUCCAAAGCUGGGCCGAAGGCGAACAUUCCAGAACCGAUAUCAAGCCAUGACAAUCUGUCUGCUUCCCAGCGUGUCGGAGAAUCCCAAAUCGAUAGGAGAUCGUUGAGAAAUGUCAAGAUUCCCAAAAAGAACGAUAAGAAUCCGACAAUCACAAAGGCUAUUGCCCAAGUGCCUAGAAAGGAGUUUCCAUUAGAGCCCAAGAAGACUGCCGCAUUUCCGAUGGCGAAAUAUGCAAAAGAAAUGGCAGCGAAGCAGGCCGACGAUCUAGUCAAUUCUCAUUCCCCUCGCAAGCGCUUCAAGGCUGAUGACAUGGAACGCAUAUUCGAACGGGCCAAGCAAGAUGAAUUGAUGGGCAUUGAUGAUGAAACUAUGCGCAAGUUCGCUCCUAUCUGGUACCCAUCAAUUACUGACAUUCUAAUAGCCGUGGAUGCUCAAAGCUUAUGUCCAUUCUGUGAUGAACCCUUCCCGGAUAACCCUUCUCCCGACUUGGUGCAAUUGCUUGAAGACCUCAAGAAGAUUGCUGUACUUGAACCUCGUCUCAGGAACCCCCAAGGCUUGACUGCCCCGCUCAUGACAUAUAUAAACCUCUGCCAGAUGCAUCGUGCCGAGAGCACAUACGUGGAACAUGGUCGGCGAAAUCGCUGGCCAUCAGUUAUUGACUGGGAUAGCGUACGUGAACGACUGAAGUCGUCAAACGUCGUAAAGGCCUUGAGGAGUAUCAUAAACGAUCCGCAUUCUAGCGACUUUUUCGUGACUUUUGAUAACAACAUCAAACGAGAUGGCGCACUCAAGGCUGCCAGUAUCAGGGCUCAACUGGAUACAUUUGAGCUCUCCCAUCCAGGAUACUACGGAGAACAGGGGCUCCUUAUUUUCUUCGAUACUCUGAAUGAGCUAUUUCCUAACCUAACCGCUGAAGAGAGCAAACCCCUUACCACACGCCAGUUCUUCAUGUCGGUUUUGGUUCCUGAGGCCGCUGCGCUCCUCAUUGAAGAGGAUAUGGAUUGCACCCACGAGGAAGCCCUAAUCAUUCUUCGCGAGAGUCGACAAUAUGGACUAGCCAUGUUCCCGGAUAGAGGUGGAUUCUUCGGGUCAGGUAAAGGUGACCAUAUGGACGAGGCUGGUGCCAAGCAACUUAAAUGGCGCAAAGAUAUGGUUGGAUCAACUCAUCCUAGUAACCAACCCGAAAUCUCACAAUCUUUCGAGUUCCAGUCUAGAUUCUUGGAGGACGAAACAGAUCCGGAUAUCUUGAUCGUGGACUAG